AGACACAAAGAAGGAGCGGUGGAGCGCGUUGCAUGGCAUUGCAAUUGUCGCAUGGCAUGAAGUGCAACUUUGAAGCUGGCGACGCAUGCUUCGCAUCUCUGGCGGUCGGCCCUCGCCAAACGCGGAGGAGAAGCUUUCACCAAAAGCUGCGACGACAGUUCUCUCAAAACUUCGUUCGUCGAACGGCAAUGACAAUGGUGAAGCAGCUCUUGGGACUCUCAAGCGCAUGUUGGAAGGCCAGUUGCGAGGCAAUGCUUUUCAUUACAAUGUGAUUAUUUCUUCGAAAUCCGACUGGUCAUUGGCUUUGAACUUCUUUCGGCAGCUUCCACUCCAGGAGGUGAAUCCAAACAUUGCAAACUAUGCAGCUACCAUUUCAGCAGCUGGCUCUGGGCACUGGCAUUGCGCUUGUUCGCUGCUGCGCGAGACUAGUAGAUGCUUGAGACUGGAUGCAAUUUGUUGGAACUCGGCCAUCGGCACAAGUCCAUGGGCUUCUGCCCUCACGCUUUUUAGCUCUCCGGAUAUGAAGAACAACGCCAACAGCAUCAGUUUCAACUCUGUCGUCACAGCUCUAGAGCGUGGGAGCCAAUGGGAAGGAGCAUCGACAAUCCUUGGAAGGAUGAUGCAGUCGAUGCAUUGUGUACGUUUGCCAAACGAAAUCACUAUUGGUGCUUGGGUCACGGCAUGUGGAAGGAGCACCAAAUGGCAACUUGCAGCAGAAGGUUGCAGGCAGCACGAUGUCAGGCCGAGCCAGGCGACAUAUAAUGCAGCGAUCUCUUCUUGCGAAAAGGCAACACAAUGGCAGUUUGCCCUGCUGUUGCUGAAGUUGCUCCAUCGCAUUCUUCAACGAGACCUCAUCAGUCAGAAUGCCGCCAUAAGUGCUUGUGAGAAAGCCAGUCAUUGGACCGGUUCCUUGAUCCUUUUUCAAGAGGUGGACGUGGUGCAAGAUGUGAUCAGUUACAGUGCUGUGAUCAGUGCAUUUCGGAGAGCGAAAUGUUGGGAUGUAGCAGUGGAGCUUUUGAAUCAGAUGUCAGACAAGCUUGUACUACCAAAUUCCGUGAUCUAUGGAGCUGCUGGCACUGCAUGUCAAAAUGGAAAGCAAUGGCAAUGGUCGAUUUGGCUGACCCAUCGUGAGUCUCUGGGAAAGCGAGAAAGAUCAUCAGAGUUGUCAGAGACAGCCUGGAGGUCAGUGAAGCGCCUGAACAUAAGGAGACGGAGGACUUCAAACCCUGAAGCCAUGCAAGUUCAGGAGACACUUGCUGAUGUCUACAAAUCCAUUAGACCUGAAGAGUUAGCUACUCUAGUUUGGAGCUUCAGCUCUUUGUCCAUGACUUUGCAAUCUUCGCAUCUGAUGCAUCUAGCGAUGCAACGAAUCACUGACAUUGGACUGGCACGCUUCAAUUUGGCAGACAUUGCAAGGCUUGCAUGGUCCUUUUCCAGUGGAGAAUUUCAAUCCUUCUUGGAGGAUUUGCAGAAGGAGUUUGUGUCGCGACAAGCCGCUUGGCAUGGUUUGGACUUUACAACAUCCGCCCUUACGGUGGUCUGGGCCUGCAGUCAUGCAGGCUGCUUGCGAGUUGACACUGCGUCAUCAAUUGAAGGUGCUUUGCUGAAACUUGGAAGAUCCUUUGGCGGAGACCAUGUUGAGCCGCUCCAGCCCAGUCACCCUUCAAGCAGAAUUACCCGGCAGCCUGGCAUCGUUCAAAACUAUCCUGACUUCCUGGUGAUUCAGAAGCCCUCGGAAUGGCAGGUUGAUGAUGCAUAUUCUGGCCAGCCAGAAGAAGCUGAGAGGGGCCUUUUGUCGUUUUUCCUCAAGGCCAUGUUUCCUCGCCAUGGCGUUCUAAAAGAUGUUGAUCAUAGUAGAGGAUUCUUGCACCGACUGGACGUGCCAAGUUCAGGGCUGAUCCUUGUCGCAAAGACGCAUCAGGGAUGGUACAGACUGAAAAUGCAGGCUGCCGCUGGAGAGAUUGUGAGAGACUAUACGGCUCUGAGUCACGGUUGGUUGAAUCGCGAAAGACAGGUUACAGCCCGCGUGCACUGGUGGCCUGAUGGCAGGCGAGCUCCCAGUGCGGUCUCACGGGCAGGUCGUGUGGCGCGGACAAAGCUCACGGUGGCUGAACUCUACAGGAGAAGCAGUCGCAGACUUUGUUUGUUGGCAAUUCGCAUUGGGACUGGGCGAAUGCACCAGAUCAGGCUGCACACAGCUCAUAUUGGACAUCCAACAGUAUGCGAUGCCAAGUACUGCUCGGCGACGACCUUUAAGGAAGAUAAGUCUUGGUGCCCGAGGCAUUUCUUGCACAGGCACCGCUUGAUUUUGCAAGAGCACGAGGUGACAGAUCCCUUGGCGCCAGACCUGGAAGCUGUCCUUGGUGCCCUUGAGAGUUGCAAGAGGUAAAUGAAAAAAGCGAUUUCAGAUAUUUCAUGAUAUUUCAGCAUCAAAUGUGAGACUCACGGAUGACCUCACCGCCUCACAUCCAGCCUGAGAACCUUAGCAUACUUCGGCGAUCUCAACCCCUCAGCGUGGUGAAUAUCGAAGAUUGUCUCCGCGUCACGAGUGAUGGGCGCAUGAGGUGUUGGAGGAAGAGGCAAGAGACAGAAACUGAUUAUAUACUGAACCUCUGUCUUUGGGUGCUUUGCAAUUCCACUUCUUGAGGGCCAUAUGGAAAAUUAUGCCCUUUCAACCUGCGGCACCGUCAUCGCGUAACUUGGAAAAGGUUGGUCCUCAAGACUUUGGAGAUCUGGCGAUGCCUCUCCCUUGUGGCUAAUCCUGACCGACUUUGAGUAAUUACUCUGCAUGCUUCAUGAUGCAAUGACCAUCAGACUCUCAAACCAGGGAGAACUCGAAGCUUUACAGGAGAUGGCCUCGUUUGCAA